AUGGUGUGUGACAGCAUGCAAGAUGCAGAAAGAACGCCCACCGCCCGGGAGCCCAGGGUAGCGGGAACGGCUGCUGGGGCCCCUGGGGAUGGCACAACGCGGCGCUACCGCUGCCGUUACCCUCCAACAGCCGGUGCCGGCCCAGCCCGGCCCCUCCGGCAGAAGGCCUCACCACGGCCCCGCACCCAAUCGGAACCUGCCUUACUGUUGCCAUGCGAACGGCGGCGCCUCUACCCAAUCAGACGCGAGGGCCGUUGUUACUACGGCAACAGCGUCCCGGCACCAGGGAGCGGCGCGGAACGGCGCCGGUACCGGCGGGUCCCCGUUACUCCCGCAGACUUAGGAGUAGCUGAUGACUGUCUGAUAUAUUUUACACCUACCCCUGUGAGCUCUGUCCCACAUCCCACAUUAUUCUCCUGGGACAUUGGGCAGAUCUUACUUCAAAAGACAGAUGAAAAAGAAGAUGAACUGAAAAAAGCAUUUCAGAUGCUUGAUGUUGGUCAGACCCUGACAGUCACAAAGGGUGAAUUCAGGAGAGUGAUUGAAACCUUUCUCUUCCAUCUAACAGAAGCUGAAUUUGAUGCUGUGCUGGCAGAGAUCCCAAAUAUUGGCAAAGUUACUGUUCCAUAUCUUGACUUCCUGUCAAAGUUCACUAAAAUUGCCAGAAACACCAGCAUGCUCAAAAGGUUGAACAGCCACAGUCGCCAAACAAUGACAUUAAGUCAGCUGGAAUCCCUGUUGAAGGAGAAAAUUGCAAAGAAUGUGAAAAACAUUAUCAGGUGCUGCAGACUUUUUGACUACAGCCGUGCAGGAUGGAUACAGAGGCACACACUACGGCAAAUUCUUGAGACCACCUGUUUUAGGAUGAAGGACUCAGAAUUUGAAAAGCUGUGGAACCGUUACUGUGUUAGAGACUCUAAUGUGAUGGAUUAUAAAGAAUUUCUGAAGAAUUUUGGCAUAACUGACAAAGCUGCAGACUUUGCUAAAUCAGUUUUCUUAACAGCGCUAAUCUGCCAGAAAAUAAAAGAGAAGGAACAGAAGCAGAAAAAACUUUUUCUACAGUCUUCACCAGCUGAGUGUGCUGUGACAGAGUGCAGUCUGGAUCGCACUGAGAAGGCAUUUAGAGAAAAGCUGUGUUCAGCCUACCAGGACAUUGAAAAAGCCUUCAGAGCAAUUGAUGUCAGUCGGAGUGGAUUUGUGUCUUUGGAUUACUUGAAGUCAGUCAUAAAUGGCUUUAUAUUUCCUUUGCCAAAUGAAACUUUUCAAGAGCUAAUGAAUAGAGUAAAUCCAGCUAGAGGAGAUGAAGCUUUCUCCAGUGAUACUGUUGUUCAGAAGCUGUGCAGAUACAUCCAAGAUGCUUAUCCCUCUUUAAAGCAGGCAUUCCUUAUGCUUGAUGAAAAACGAGAUGGAAAGAUCACAAGAAAUGACCUUUGUCAUGUUUUAUGUAACUUGGUAUUUCAAAUGAAAGAUAAAGACUUCCAGGAGUUAACUGACAUAAUUGAUCCAGAACAGACUGGAUACCUUGACUACCAUGAAUUUUUAGACUUGUUUGAAGUAAAAGAACCAGUACAAAGCACAGGAAGAAGUGGAUAUACUACUUCCAGGAUUUCUGUUACGGUGAACAUUGAGGACAUUUGUGUAUUUGCAUUAUUGAACUGUGGCAUUGUUGAAAAGUGCAGGUUAUGCUAUAAAUACAAGGAUAACUCUUCUGAUGGAAUCUUUUACAAGAUGCUUUUGGAUAACUUAAAAGUUGCUGUUCUUUCUGGUGACUUAAAUGGUAUCAGCUCGCAUAUAUCAAAGGAAAAACAACAAAGAAAAGAAAAAAGGCAAACAGAGCUUUCAAAAAGAAUCAACCAGAUUGAAGAUCAAGUUAACAAAUACACCCAGAAUAGAACUGUUGAUGAAGUAAUUAAAAGGCUGAAGGACAGAGUGAUACAACAGGCAGCAACUAUUAAAGACAGCUUUUUUGCCUACAAUAAGCAAUCACGGGGGAAAAUUAAUAAGGCUGGCUUGCAGAAGGUGUUGGAAGAUCAUGGCAUGCCAAUGGAUGACAGUCAAUUUAAUCUACUAACAGAAAAGCUAGGGUUACCAGAUGGAGGGUUGAGUUAUUUGGAUUUUGUGGCAAUACUGGAAGAUGCCAGAUUGAAUGGGCCAGGAGCUACGUUAUGUAACAGCCCAAACCACAGAGUAAAUGAUGCUAAAUAUCACUACAUGACUGCUGAAGAAUGUCUCAAUCAACUUAAUGAUAAGCUGAUGGAAGUCUAUGGGGACACCUAUUCUGCCUUCCGUGAAACAGACAGUAACCAUGACGGUAUCAUCAACAUGCUUGACUUUCGGCAAUUCUUGGAGAGAUUUCUGUUUCAUCUUAGAGAUGAGGAAUUCCUGCACCUACUUGGUUUGUUGGGAAUGAACCUGAACUCCAUGUUAAAUUACCAAGAAUUCUGUCAACUGUUCCACACCCAAGAAUCUAAGGAGGUACCUCCUAGGCUCGUGCCAUCUCACAAAAAAAAACAGAUGAUAACGGAUGCAGAGGUAGCUUGUGAUCACACUCAUUACUACCUUGUUAUCAAAGCAAGAACCAGAUGGCAUGACCUAGCAAGGAAUUUUCAGGAAUUUGACAGUGAAGGAAAUGGCAUUAUACAGCCAAGGGACUUGAAGAAAGUCUUGUUCAGAUUUGGCAUUCCAAUCACCCCAGAAGAAUUUAAGCAGCUUUGGGCAAGGUAUGAUACAGAUGCAAAAGGAUAUCUUACUCACCAAGAAUUUUUACAGAAACUGGGGAUAGAGCCUGCACCUGCUGACACAGGGCUCAGCAGACACAUCACAGAAGACAGCUAUGCACAUUUACAAGCACAUUAUAACAAUCAACAAAAGAAGCAUUCAAAGCUGGAAGAGCAGCAGAAACAGCAAACUAAAGCUCUGCAUGUAAGAGAAAUUAAAAAGCAGAUCAAGGAUAAAUUUAGGGAUUACUUCCAAGAUUUCAAUAAGGCCUUUCAUAAAGUGGAUAAAAAUAGAGAUGGCUAUGUAACAGUAUGUGACCUGCACAGGAUCCUACAAGAAUUCAACUAUUACCUUGAUCAUGAUCAGUUCAAUAGUCUUCUAAACAGCUUAGGAAUCAGCAUUCAUGACAGCAAGCUCUCUUAUUUUGAUUUCCUGAGAGCAAUUGAUGAUGGCAGAGCAUCUAAAUACCAACAGAGACAAAAGCAGGCUGCACCACCUGCAAGCUUUGCAGCGCUCAGCUUAGAACAGACCCUAAUUAAGAUAAAAGAAAUAGUUGCAUCAUCUUAUGAUUUGUUGUACAAGGCAUUUUCUCUAUUUGAUAAAGAAGGCACUGGAGUAAUUAAAGCACUGGAAUUUCAGCAAGUACUUGACCAUUUCUGCUUUAAAUUAUCAGACAGACAGUUCAGGCACCUUCUCAAGAACCUUAACCUUUGUGAGGACUUCACAGUAGACUGGAAAGUUUUCCUGAAAAACAUAAAUCCCCUCAUAGAGACUGAGGAAGGGCAAAAAGUCAUUCCGCCUAAGUCUUCUCGGGAGCUGUCAGAGAGAGGCAUCCUCUCACAGAUACAAGAAGUAGUAACUGCUGGUUUUAACACAAUUGCACACGAGUUUAAAGAUAUUGACUCUUCAAAAGAUAAUACAGUAUCAAAAGAGGAGUUCUGGGAUAUAUGUAACUGACAUUUUCAGCAUCUAAGUGAAGAAGACUCUGAAAAUCUUUGGAACACAGUGGAUGUCAGCGCUGACGGACGGUUGAAGUAUCAGGACUUUUUGAGGAAGUUCAGCUCAGAACUUGUAACGAUGCCAUCAAGCACUCCCAGUGCAACCAGGUCUGCAACUUCUAUCAAGCCAGCUCCCGGUGCCGUGCAGGAGCCACAUAUGUCUUCUCAGCCUGAACGUCCCAAGACAUCAUCUUCUCUAGUAGGGCAAAGGAGCAUACCAACAUCCAGUCGUCCUCAGACAACAACAACUUGUUCUACACCUAUCCUUAACUGUGAAACAAUAGAAAAUAAGAUAAGAAAGAACAUCCAACAUUCCUGGAGAGGCAUACUGAACGCGUGCCAAGAGAAGGAUGUCAGCAAGCUAGGAGAAAUCGCAGUGUCAGACUUCCUAGAUAUAGCAGAGAAGUUCAAUUUGGAUUUAAGUGAAGGGGAAAUUAAUCAAAUAACAACAAAAUAUGCUUUAAAGAAAAAUGGAAGAUUUGCAUACUACGAUUUCCUUCAGAGUUGUAUCUUGUUGUUAAAACCACAGGAAAGGUCACUGCUACAGAGGGUAAUUAUACAGAAGCCACAAAACCCGAUGAGUCCUGGACCACAAACCACGUCAUUCUUCAGCGCAAUGCUGAGAAUUCAGCCCCAGAUCUUGCGCUGCUGGAGACCAAUGAAGCGAACUUUUAAAUCCUAUGACGAAAGUCAUACUGGACUGUUAGAUAUUGCAGACUUCAGACAAGUUCUUCAUGAGUACAACAUCAACCUAACUGAAGAGGAGUUAUUCAACAUUUUGGAAUAUUAUGAUAAAACUUUGUCUUCAAGAAUAUCCUAUAAUGAUUUUCUCUGGGCAUUCAUACAGUAG